UCUAUCACAACUCACAGCCACAGCAGCAACUGUCUGUUUCUGUCUGUCAUGUCAAUCCAGCCACACAGAAUGACAGAAUCAGAAUAGUAUAUUAUAGAAUUAGUCAACAGUCAACACACCUCAACAAUAAUAUUAUAUUAACAUCAGCAAUGCAUACAAAUUUUGAAUAGGUUGGCUUUAAAAUACUUUUGGAAUUUGAUAUUUUGUUUAACUACUGUAAAUGGCAGGAACGUAUUAUUUUGUGAUCGUUGGUCAUGAGGAUAACCCAGUUUUUGAAGUUGAAUUCUCCCCUCCAACUAAAGAUUUGAAGAAGGAAGACCACCGCCACUUGAAUCAGUUUGUGGCUCAUGCAGCUCUGGAUUUGGUUGAUGAACACAUGUGGAAGACCAAUCACAUGUACUUGAAGAAUGUUGAUAAAUUCAACCAAUGGUUCGUGUCCGCCUUUGUCACAGCUAGCCAUAUGAGGUUCAUUAUGGUGCACGACACUAAGAAUGAAGACGGCAUCAAGAACUUCUUCAUGGAAAUUUAUGAGAUGUAUAUAAAAUACUUGAUGAAUCCUUUCUACAAUAUCAACACUCCUAUCAAAUGUCCUUCAUUUGAAAAGAAGGCACAGUUCUAUGGAAGAAAGUUUUUGGUUGGCUAGUUAAAAAAGUGCUAGUGACAGAAGGAACAAUCUUUUUUAAAUACAUCAGCCAUAAUUUGGGUGUGGUUUAUGAGAAAAAACUGAACGCUUUAUUGUAAAAAUUAUAAUUGAGCUAUGUGCUUUAACAGAGCCUAGAAGUCAUAUCAAAGUUUACAUUGUACAGUUGUUUAGGGUUCAUGUAAGUAUGUAUUUUAGAUUGUAUAUAAUUGGUUUAUUUACUUUGUAUUUAACUUCUGCCAUAAUGAAUAUAAAAAAACUAAAUAAUAUAUAAAUUG